AUGUGGCUGAAAGACAUCACCCCGGAGCAUUUCGACAAGGCGUUCGACACCAACGUCCGAUUUCCCAUGUUCCUGAUGAAGGAGAGGCUGCCCUAUCUCCGCCGCGGAGGGCGAGUGGUCAGCCUGGGCAGUGUGGUCAGGCGUCAAGGGUGGAAGAUGCACCCUGCAUAUGGCAUCAAGGCCCGUAGGGAGAGUUUGGCACGAUCUUGGGCCGUCGAGUUGGGCCACAACUAUGGCAUCACGGUCAAUGCGGUGAACCCAGGACCCGUGGCCACUGAUAUGCCCACACCAGCCGAGGCUCUGGUUGAGUUUGAUCAUUAUAUCAAGAGCACCCCGGCGGCACCACGAGUCGGUACUGUCGACGACAUUGCUCAGACUAGGUAUGGCCUUCCCGUGCGAAGAUGGUGCCAGAUGGGUGACCCGGGUUUGUUGCGUGUGCGAACGGAGGCGCGGUUUUGGUAUGAUCUGCUGCCAGUAGCAGCAUCCCUCGAUGGGAGUGCACGGAUAUGA